GGGAUCUUCAACUUCUUAAUAAAAAGAAUGUGGUCUGUGGGGAGUUAUCCCAGCCACACAGAGAAAAAAAGCUUUCUUUUGACAGAACAAUGCACAAUCAUCAUGUCUAAAGCGACCAUUGAACGUAGAGUCAUCACUAUCCUCCUUGACUUUCAAAGGGCACGAAAGGUGUGGAGUGACCUUGUCUCCGAUGGAUUGUCCCAGGCCAAUGCUCUUGUCAACGUUCAAUUGCAACAAGGGUAUGUUGAUGGUCUAGGAUAUUGGCCUCCUGCGCUGGAUCAGUUUUUAGACCUGAAGGAGAGGUUCGAGAGUAAGCUUCAAAAGAGAGCCGAAGCCAUGGCACAGGAUCUGGAGACAACACUCACAAAAAUGAAUGCACAAUAUGCCAAAAUGAAGCUACAGACCAGCCAGUUCGAGUAUCUAAUGGAGGAAGCAACCGAGAUGUUUGGAGAGGCAUUCACAUAUCGGGAUCCUAUUGGUACAACAUGUACACUGGAACAGAUAUGGAUUCAACUGGAACGGGUCUUUGGCCUGUACACAAUGCAGAUGAUCAUGAACCAAGAUAUCUUGGACCAAUUGAUCGCCUCGAGCCUUCAUUCUCAACCCAUCUUCAUUUCCUCCGCUACAACAGGAACAAAGACAGCGACAAUAGCCAAAACAGAAGCAACAGAAGCAAGUUUAAGCAGUGAUUCUAGUAGCGAAGAAGCCUCAAUAACCGGGAGUAACACAGCAAUUGCUCCAAAAACUGGGGGAAAUACGGAGAAUCCUGGUGAUAGUUGUAUUGGAUCUGAGUUUGGUGGGAUGUUAGCUCCCUCCGUACGAAGAGAUAAGGAUCAAGGGAUGGUAUUACUCUCUGCAUGGCUUAAUCAACCUCAUCUCAAGACAGAUGUGCUGACAACAUUUGAUGAGUUUUGUCAGGUUGAGCUUCUUAAUGAGUGACAUAGCUUAGUAAUUAUAACUUUAAUUAUAAUAGAACAUCCAUCAGGGCAUCCUAUGGCUGUCAUCUUUCCCUUUUAUCAGUAAUAGAAGCAAAGGAAACAGCGGAAGAAUCAGUGUCAUAGUCGUAUACGGUCAUCUCAUUUCUUGGACUCACUUCCUUUAAUGCCUUCAGUUUCCUUUGCAUGACAAAUCAAGUGGGG